ACCAAUCUGCCAUCAGUAUUAAUCGGCAUAUGGCACCGUAUAUUCUGUUAUAAACCGGGCUUUUAUUACGAUUUUUAAUUUUAAUAUGUGAAAAUUAAUUUGUUUUUAAAAAAAUUAUGAGUUAUAAAAUAAAAUUAUUUUGUUUUUGGUUUUUAAUCAAUUGUUACAUAGAAACAAGUUCUGGAAUUAUUUUAAAAUCAUAUUUCUCCCAACAUGGAUUACACGGUGAAAUAAUUUUCACAUACUUACCAUCGACACACAUCAAAUUAACCGCCCAUUUAAAACCAACAAUUGAGUAUCCAAAUCAAAUAUUUGAUUGGGGAAUUCAUGAAUUCCCCGUCGAUUAUACAUUAUUGGAAAAUCGUUGUAACGAUGAAAAUAUUGGUAAAGAAAUAUUUAGUUUCACCGAUAAAUAUGGAUUUUUAAGUAUACCAGAAAAUCAAACUACCGAAUUUAUAAUCAAAGAUGUUCUGGAAAUUACGGGAGAAAAAGGAUUGUAUGGGAAAUCGUUGGUGUUAAUAGCGACUGAUUCAAAUCGAAGAAUAUGUUCGGGGAUUACUGUUGAAGAUAAGUCAAUGGAGAAUAUUGCAAUUGCAACAUUUACGUCACCGAUUGCCGGAACAAUACAGUUUCGUUGGAUCGCUACGACCUUUAACCAUAGAGAUACGUUAAUCCAAACGGAUUUGUUCCACAUUCAGUAUAAUGGAACUACAUAUCGGGAUAGUUUUACUUACUCCGAACAUAAGUGGAAAGUUUUUGUGACUGAUAUUUUGGAAUCGGAUAAAGAGAAAUAUAAUUGUAAUAGUUUACAAGCUGUGUUCGAUCCAAAGAAUGACGGUGAUGGUCGGGCAGUGGGAGAUAUUGAUAAUCGUAUUGGUAAAAUAAAGGUUGCUAAAUAUUAUGAAAAAACGAAACAUAAAGAGUUAUUCAGAGAUGAACGAUUAUUUUUGUUGCCGAGUGAUAUUAAGGGUCCUAAACGACAAAUGUAUGUUGUAAUUUUCGAUGAUCAUCAUUUAGAAAGUUUUAGUGCUUGUGCGAAAAUUCAAUAUCAGGAGCCAGUUACUUCAAGGGUUUUAAUUCAAUCGAAUGGUAUGAAAGGGGAUGUAAUUUUUCGACAAAAUUCAAAAUUCGAUCCAACAUUUAUCACAAUUGAUAUAACUAGCGCACGAGGUGAUUUAGAAUCGAAAAUUAUUUUUGGAUCUAUCGUUGGCGGUUACAAAAUUCAUGAAUUACCAAGACUGCCAUUAAAUACUUUAAAAAAUGAUUCAAUUUGUUCCACAACAAAAAAAAUAUUUAAUCCAACAAAUAUGGAAAAUGACGAUCGUACUCCACCUCCAGGUUAUGGUACCCAAGAUCAAUAUCCCGUGGGUGAUUUAUCAGGAAAACUGUUAAAUCGAAAUAAUGCUACAGAUUUAAUUCCUGGCACACAAGAGUUGCGGGGAGUUUAUUGGGAUAUAUUUUUACCACUUCAAGGACCUUAUUCAAUUGUCCAUCGAUCCUUAGUUAUAUAUCGGUUAAACGAUACAAACGAUGAUCAUUCUGGAAUUGUACCAUGGAUUUGUGGAAAUAUCGUCCUAUACGAUCGAUAUCUAAAAUAUCAAAUACCAAUUUUUAGUGCACGAGUUAUUUUUCGAUAUCCAUUAGUGGGAUCAAUAUUAUUCCGGCAGAGGCGAGAUGAACCAUUUUCUGAUACAACAAUUAUUAUUGAAAAAUUGGUUCAUGCUGAUGGGGCUCAGUUAAAUGACACGUUCGAACACAGAUGGGCUAUCCAUGAAUUAACAACGGGAAAAGAUUUUUACAAUUGGACUGGUAGAUGUUUGUCUGCAGGAGAUGUGUACAAUCCUUAUAAAGUACUUUUUGAUGAAAAAAAUCCCAGUGAAAAAUGUACUCCUGCAACUAGUGGACUUUGUAGAUUAGGAGAUUUAUCUUCCAGACUAAGUCCGUUAGAUAUUGCUGGUCGAAAUGUUAAUGGAACAAAAGUAUCGCGAAAAAUGUAUACAGUACAAAAUUUACCUUUAAGCGGCCAUCACAGUAUUUUACAAAAAUCUUUGAUAAUUUAUGACGAUCAUGGACCAGUUGCACGAGGUGAAAGAUUAGCUUGUUCUGUUAUUUACGGGCUGUAUCGUCGAAAAGCCGUUGUCAAAGAUUGGUAUGGAAAUGGAGAUCCAUUAACAGUCAAAGGAAAAAUUGAAUUUUUCCAACAAACUGAAUACGAUGUAACAAAUGUCGAAGUUGAUUUACAAGGACUCAAAGAAAAUAGCGGUUAUCACAUUCAUAUGGUUUCGAUUCAAUCUGAUUUAGAAUUUCCAUGUGAAGAUACAACUGUUUAUGGCCACUGGAAUCCUUUGAGCGUUAAUCCAAAUCACUCACCAAAAUAUUAUCAUGGUACGACCGAUGAAUAUGAAAUGGGUGAUUUGAGUGGAAAAUUUGGAACAUUGGAUUCCGUUGAAACAUUUACCAGCACCUAUAAUGACACUUUACUCCCGUUAUUUGGAACUCAAGCGAUUAUUGGUCGAUCGGUUGUAAUUCAUAAAAAGGAGAAAAAUAAACGAUGGGCUUGUUCGACAAUUGAACGUGGCUAUAGUCCGUCUGAGGCACGAGAAUUACGAGCAAUUGCUUCGUUUCAUCAUCCCGAUGGAUUUGCUUAUGGGUAUAUUCGAAUGACUCAACUGGUUCAUAAUGAUGGAAGUAAAAGUGAAACCGUUAUCGAAGUUAAUUUACGACAUCCUGGUGUUAAUGAUCGUAAUGUUACAAGAAAUCAUAAUUGGAAUAUAUACGUAAAUCCCGUAGGAGUCGACGCUGCUGUUAAAGUCUACGCUACUCGAUGUGUGGCCGGUGGAUAUAUUUGGAACCCGUACUACACUCAACUUGCUGACCCUCUAAAUCAAGAAUUAUAUCGUGAAGAAUGCGCACCCGAUAAUCCUUUACGAUGUUAUGUAGGAGAUCUGUCUGGACGUUUGGGUACUAUUGAUAUUGGUUUAAAACGUCAAGUGUUCACAGAUUCAAAUACUCCAUUGGAGGGUGAUGAAACGGCGAUUGGACGAUCGAUUGUAAUUCUUAGUCCAAAUAAAGGAAGUGAACGAUUUGCUUGCGCAAAUAUUGAGCCUGAUUAUGAUAUUAUUAAAUACUCGAAUAUUGAAAAACCGCCACGAUUUGUUUUGGCUCAAUUUAUUGAUGAUAUACGUACGGUAAUGGGUGUACCCGAAUGGAUGAUAACCGUAGACUCCAGGCAAACGAAAAUUUUACACAAUGGAUAUUGUAUACAAUUUUUAUUACACUUUAAAGGACCAAUCGCAAAUCAAUUAGAAAUCGAUUAUACUCGAUUGAUCAUCAAUGGUCGAUUGGAUUCACCAACAUUGUACAUUCCGGGGUAUUUUAAUAAGAAGCGUAAACCAACGCUUUCGUAUCGUCAGUGUGGUGUUACAGAUCCAAAUGAAAAACGAUCGAAAAAGAAAAAUAGGUUUUCAUUCUCGCAGAGUAGUGGCCAAUAUUUGGGAAGUUCGAAGAGGUUGAUUAUUUUAAUAUUUGUGUAUAUUUGUAUUUUUAAAGACUGAACUAUAAAUAAAUAUAUUUUAAAUUAU